GGGACCUCGGGAGGGGAAGAACCCAGCCGAGAGAAGGAGGGAGGGGACAAGGAGGCGAGGGAGGAAGGGUAAGGCAGCAGGGAGAAGGAAAGACGCACAACUUGUGACCGCACGAAAGAGGGCAGAGGCAGGAGAAUGCGGGCCGUCUCGGGACUCCUUUGCGCCUUGACGCUGCUCCUCCUGAUGGGAGCGGUGCUCACCCAGAGGGUCCGGCCAAGAAAGCCCACCAGGCGCCCGUUCGCCCCCAAGGAGCCCGCCGCCGUCCCCCAGCCGGAGCCGGAGGAGCCCACGGACAUCCCUCCGGUCAUCCUGGGCCCGCCCUCCGUGUACCCGGACUGUCCCCGGGAGUGCCUGUGCUCUCCCAGCUACCCCAACUCUCUCAACUGCGAGAACCGGAACAUCCGGGCCAUCCCCGCCAUCCCGCCCAGGGCCCACUACCUCUACCUGCACAACAACUACAUCACCCAGGUGACGGCAGAGCCCUUCCUGAACGCCACGGGGGUCCGGUGGAUCAACCUGGCAAACAACCGCAUCCAGCGGAUAGACAAACAGGUGUUCCAGAAGAUACCUGAUCUGUUGUACUUGUACGUGCAAGGUAAUCAGCUGAAGGAGGUGCCCUCGGGUCUUCCGGCAAGUCUGGAACAGUUGCGUCUCGGCAGGAAUCGCAUUUCCAAAAUACCUGCCGGUGCCCUCAGCAAGAUGGGCAAUCUGACCUUGCUCGACCUCUACCACAACCAGUUGAGUGACAGCGGCCUGGGCGCCAACACCUUCAAGGACUUGUCCAGCCUGAUGCAGCUCAACCUGGCGCACAACGUGCUGAAGAAGAUGCCCGCCGGCGUUCCCAGCGGCCUCAUCCAGCUGUUCCUCGACAAGAACCGCAUCGACGACAUACCCAAGGACUACUUCCAAGGCUUCGGUCACUUGGCCUUCGUGAGGCUCAACUACAACGAGCUGAGUGACAAAGGCGUCCCCAAGGCCGUGUUCAACAUCUCCACCCUGCUGGACCUCCAGCUCUCCCACAACCAGCUGGCCUCCAUCCCACUCUUCAGCAGUCACCUGGAGCACUUGCACCUCAACCACAACAGCAUUAAAGACAUCAACGGGACACUGAUCUGCCCGCAGAACCUGCAGGCGCAGUGGAGCGACCCGGAGCUGGCGCCAAAACUAAGGUACCUGAGAUUGGAUGGAAACCACCUGAACCCUCCGAUACCCAUGGAUGUCAUCAUGUGCUUCAGAAACCUCCACUCUAUCGUUAUUUAGGAAGCUCCGCCCCGUCACGGCGUUAAGGUGCCGAGGUUUCACGUGCUCGCGGUUGAAUCGACUUAUUUACGAUCAGCCGUUUGGAGGAAUGGCUGAUCAACUUUUCUACACAUAUUCAUUCUUCUACGACAUGGGUGUCAAACUCUGGCCCGCGGGCCAAAUUUCUAUCUUUAGGGUCCGCAGGCCCAUUGCAAAGGACCCUAAGUGAAUUAUAUUUAUAUAGCGCUUUUCUCUAGUGACUCAAAGCGCUUUACAUAGUGAAACCCAAUAUCUAAGUUACAUUUAAACCAGUGUGGGUGGCACUGGGAGCAGGUGGGUAAAGUGUCUUGCCCAAGGACACAACGGCAGUGACUAGGAUGGCGGAAGAGGGAAUCGAACCUGCAACCCUUUGAGUUGCUGGCACGGCCGCUCUAUCAACCGAGCUAUGCCGCCCCUAAGAGUCCUUUGCAAUGGGCCAAGGACUCUAUUGAAACUGGUGUGUUUUAUUAAUAUUCUUUAUUAUUAUUAGGGUCCGCAGGCCCAUACUGGUGCGUUUUAUUAUUCUUUUUUCUUUAUUAUUAGGAGUCAUUUGCAAUGGGCCAAGGACCCUAUUGAAACUGUAAGGUUUUAUUAGGGUCCGCCAGGCCCAUUGCAAAGUCCUUUGACAAUGGGCCAAAGGACCUAUUGAAUUUCGUGUGUUUUAUUCUUUGUUUCUAUCUUUAGGGUCCGCAGGCCCAUUGCAAAGGACCCUAAGUGAAUUAUAUUUAUAUAGCGCUUUUCUCUAGUGACUCAAAGCGCUUUACAUAGUGAAACCCAAUAUCUAAGUUACAUUUAAACCAGUGUGGGUGGCACUGGGAGCAGGCGGGUAAAGUGUCUUGCCCAAGGACACAACGGCAGUAACUAGGAUGGCGGAAGCGGGAAUCGAACCUGCAACCCUUUGAGUUGCUGGCACGGCCACUCUACCAACCGAGCUAUGCCGCCCCUAAGAGUCCUUUGCAAUGGGCCAAGGACCCUUUUGAAACUGGUGUGUUAUAUUAAUAUUCUUUAUUAUUAUUAGGGUCCGCAGGCCCAUACUGGUGCGUUUUAUUAUUCUUUUUUCUUUAUUAUUAGGAGUCCUUUGCAAUGGGCCAAGGACCCUAUUGAAACUGUAAGGUUUUAUUAGGGUCCGCCAGGCCCAUUGCAAAGUCCUUUGACAAUGGGCCAAAGGACCUAUUGAAUUUCGUGGGUUUUAUUCUUUGUUUCUAUCUUUAGGGCCCGCAGGCCCAUUGCAAAGGACCCUAAGUGAAUUAUAUUUAUAAAGCGCUUUUCUCUAGUGACUAAAAGCGUUUUACAUGGUGAAACCCAAUAUCUAAGAUACAUUUAAACCAGUGUGGGUGGCACUGGGAGCAGGUGGGUAAAGUGCCUUGCCCAAGGACACAACGGCAGUGACUAGGAUGGCGGAAGAGGGAAUCGAACCUGCAACCCUUUGAGUUGCUGGCACGGCCACUCUACCAACCGAGCUAUGCCGCCCCUAAGAGUCCUUUGCAAUGGGCCAAGGACUCUAUUGAAACUGGUGUGUUUUAUUAAUAUUCUUUAUUAUUAUUAGGGUCCGCAGGCCCAUACUGGUGUGUUUUAUUAUUCUUUUUUCUUUAUUAUUAGGAGUCAUUUGCAAUGGGCCAAGGACCCUAUUGAAACUGUAAGGUUUUAUUAGGGUCCGCCAGGCCCAUUGCAAAGUCCUUUGACAAUGGGCCAAGGACCCUAUUGAAUCUGGUGUGUUUUAUUAUUAUUCUUUAUUAUUAGGGUCCGCCAGGUCCAUUGCAAAGGACUCCAAAGUAGUCCUUCGCAAUGGGCCAAGGACCCUAUUGAAACUGGUGUGUUUUAUUAAUAUUCUUUAUUAUUAUUAGGGUCCGCAGGCCCAUACUGGUGCGUUUUAUUAUUCUUUUUUCUUUAUUAUUAUUCCGCUCCUUCGCACCCUAAUUUGACCCCCUUAACAUGCUUCAAAACUCACCAAAUUUGACACACACGUCGGUCUGGCAAACCUUCCCAACUUAUUAGGCAACCAAACUUUAAAAAUUAAAAUUGCUCUCUAGCGCCCACUACGAAAAAAAACCAAAACAGACUGCGUGUAACUUCCGUUAGCAAUGUCAUAGAGACAUGAAACAAAAACCUCUAUGUAGGGCUGACUUAGACCUAGAUUUCAUAAUUUUACCUUCUAGGGCAAAAAUCAACAAAAAUUUUGCAAAAAUCCCUUCAUAGCAAAAUUUGCCUAAAAAAAUGCAAUUUUUCUGUAUUUGAGCUGUAAUUUGACCCCCUUAAAAUGCUUCAAAACCCACCAAACUUGACACACCUAUCAUGACUGGCAAACAUUGUAAUCUAAUAGAAAAAAAACCCGCCAAAACUCAAGAUUGCGCUCUAGCGCAAUUUUUGAAUAAAACACAGAAAAAACUGCUCCUAGGAAGAAAACACAGACAAAACUGCUUGUAACUUCCGGUAGGAAUGUCAGACAGACAUGAAACAAAAACCUUUAUGUAGGUCUCACUUAGACCUACAUUUUAAUAAUCGACAAUAUUCAGCAAAAAUCAACAGGAAGUUGGCAAUUAUCCCUUCACAAAUUUCCCGAUAGACUCCCAAAGUUCAGUGCCCCUCCCGAAAAUCUCCCGGGGCAACAAUUCUUCCGAAUUUCUCCUGAUUUCCACCCGGACAACAAUAUUGGGGGCGUGGCUUGAAGGCACUGCCUUUAGCGUCCUCUACAGCCUGUCUUCACGUCCGCUUUUCCGCCAUACAAACAACGUGCUGCUCCAGUCACAUAAUAUAUGCUGCUUUAACACACACAAGUGAAUACUUGUUUAACAGCCAUAGGGGUCACACAGAGUGGCCGUAUAAAUAACUUUAACACUUUUAAAAAUAUUCGCCACACUGUGAAGCCACACCAAACAAGAAUGACAAACACAUUUCGGGAGAACAUCCGCACCGUAGCACAACAUAAACUCACUAGAAGAAAUACCCAGAACCCCUUGCAGCACUAACUCUUCCGGGACACUACAAUAUACACCCCCGCUAUCACCAAACCCCGCUCCCCCAAUUUUUAUUUACAUUUUAUUUGAUAUGCCAUAGAUAUUUUUUUACUCAUCAUUAUAAUUUGAAACUCGAUUUUGUAUGUGACUAUAAAGCUACAUAAGCUUUGCUUGUUUAAUAUUCAAUGCAAAACUUGUUUGGGUUCCUAUUAAAAGGUUAAUUUGUUCAACCUUGGCCCGCGGCUUUGUUCAGUUUUAAAUUUUGGCCCACUCUGUAUUUGAGUUUGACACCCCUGUUCUACGACAAGCAGUGCAUGCAUGUAGUUCGUAUGUUCUCGAGCAGACCCGACAAGAAACGGAAUGUUGAAAUAUUAACUACCGUGUAGUUGGACGUGUCCAAAGACGGGUCCGCGGUUUUUCACGCUCGCAAGUAAAAAUGCCAUGCCGUUACUUUUUCUUCCCUGUACCGUCUACUAUUAAGAUGCUUUGGACAAAUAAUAAAAGUUUGGUCUCGGG